ACCAUUUCUAUAUCAUAUCAUCUCCCCACGAUUGGAUCCAGGCAUCCAUCCAGUGCUGCCAACCAGUGGCACCCAGUGAGCACUGAGCAGAGCAGCUAGCAAGGGCCCGGCUCGUCGACCCGCCGUCACCUUGGACCUUGCCGCCCGGGACAUGGAGCCAGCGGCGGCGACGAUGCUCUCGGGACGGCGAGCGCUACCCAUUCUGCUGGCCGUGUUCGCGCUGCUCGCGGCGGCCGUGACGGUGAGCGCGCGCGGGGGCGCGGAGAGGGCGCCGACGCUGGUGUUCAUCCUGGCGGGGCAGUCCAACAUGGGGGGCCGGGGCGGGGCCACGUCGGGGAACCGUUGGGACGGCGUGGUGCCGCCGGAGUGCGCGCCGUCGCCGCGCACGCUGCGCCUCUCCCCGUCGCUCCGCUGGGAGGAGGCCCGCGAGCCGCUGCACGCCGGCGUGGACGCGGGCAACGUGGUGGGCGUGGGCCCCGGGAUGCCGUUCGCGCACGCGCUGCUCCGCUCCCCGGCCUGCCCGCGCGGCGCCGUCGUGGGGCUCGUCCCCUGCGCGCAGGGCGGCACGCCCAUCGCCAACUGGUCCCGCGGCACCGAGAUGUACGAGCGCAUGGUCGCCCGCGCCCGCGUCGCCGGCGCCGGGACGGGGAGGGUCGCCGCGCUGCUGUGGUUCCAGGGCGAGGCCGACACCAUGCGGCGCGAGGACGCGCUGGCGUACGCCGGCAGGAUGGAGGCGUUUGUACGGGACGUCCGCCGCGACCUCGCAUUGCCCAACCUCCUCGUCAUCCAGGUUGGGAUCGCGACGGCGCAGUGGCAGGGGAAUAAGCAGGGGAAGUGGCUGGACCUGGUGAGGAAGCAGCAGAGGGCGGUGCGGGUGGCGAACCUCAAGUACGUGGACGCCAUGGGGCUCCCCCUCGCCAACGACAUCACGCACCUCACCACGCAGGCCCAGGUCCGGCUCGGCAAGAUGCUCGCCGACGCAUACAUCGCCACGCUCUGACGAUGAUCCAGUACGCAAUCAGUCAGUGUGUGUGCCUGCCUGCCUGAUUAGUAGUACUAGAGUUCACUAGAAUACUAUCAUUGAUUGAUUCCACGGAAGAGUUGAUUUGGUGAUGAUUAGUUGUUGACAAGAGAUGAAUAGAUCUGCUUUGGUCAGGCUCCAACGAGCUCAGAUCAUUGCUGCCAUUAGUUGUUAUUGGCAUUGUAGGAACAAGUGUAACAGUCUCAUCACCAGUACGACAGACAUUGCCGUUUUGCGGAGGGAAAA